AUGCUCAACAAGGUUGGCAAAAAAGCCCCGGUGGUCGCUAGAUUCUCAACUGUUGGUGGUGAAAGAGGCUUGCCAGAUACCGCUAGAGACCCUUGUGGUUUCUUAGUCAAGAUCAAGACCGAGGAAAGCCCAUCGAAUUUCCGCGGCAACAAAGGAAAAGGGCCGGACAUAUCAGACGACGUACCCGAGGAAACCACUUUCCAACCUCGACUCACCGGCCGUGUCAUUGGUUCGUCGUCGCAAAACUGGCGCCGAACAGAGUCUGCUCCUCAUCUUGCCGAGAAAGAUGCUCCCCAACCACCACCACCUCAACAGCUUGGACAAUCCGAUAUCACCAGCCUUGUUGAGGAGAUGAGAUUCAGACGUGAACUGGACAGUGCACGACUGGAGGAAGACCGCGCGCGACAAGAGGAGGAUCGGGCCCGCAGAUUGGCCGAAGAAAACAUCACUCACUGGCGUCAAGAGCUCGAUGAACAGGCCAAGAUCUCAUCAAUCGUUAACUCGGCGAUCAACAAGCUUGAUACCGAGGACAUACUCAAGCCGGACGGAUCAAACGUGCGAAGAUGGGAAGAUGCACUCAGACUCACGGCUUUUGAGCGCUUCCACGAUCAACACUUCUUCACACCUGGAGAAGACAAGGUUGUCGACCCUUACUAUGAAGCGAUAGCGCGGGGCAUCAUCCAUUCGUCCGUUCAUGCCGACCUCUCAUAUGACCUGGUGGACUACGACAACUCGGCAGCUGUUUACGAACACCUUCUUUCGAAAUUUUGA